GGCCAAUAGUCACUGCACUCUGCAGGCCUGCAGCUCUUUCCGGCUUAGAUCCUGAAGAGAUGCGCCCGGAACACGUGCGGUUGGGACGAUUGGCCCGAUUGAAGCAGCCACUCACCACUCUAUUCUCCUCCUCAUCGUCCGGUUUGCCUCAAAAGAAAACAACCCCAUUGCCACCAUCGUUUCUCCGGCAUUCCGUCACUUUCAAGUGUCUACACGUCGUAUGCUCUGACGUCGCGCCGGAGAUUGGGUCGACGCGUGAGCUCCGUCCGUACCAGCCAUCGUCUCAAAUUAAGGGGGCUGCAGCCGCUCGGCUUUCUCCACGGGUUCUGGCACUUGAUCGAUGGGUGAAGAACUACUUACCCUCGCCGCUCGCCCCCUCAGCCGUCCCUCGACCCCUUCCAAUAGGAACUGCAGUUACUGCUGAUCUUCAUCCCGUUCGCCAAUGUUAUACUCAAGCGCCAGAGCGGUGGGGUCCCAAGUGCCGAUUCAAUAGUUGUCGAGCGCUCGAUCCAGGCUGGUGCAGAGGUCGCCCAUGAGAUCGACCCCCCAUACUGUAAACGGCAUACCCUGGGGUUUGUUUGUUGAUUGUUCCUCCUAUCUUGGCCCCGUUGACGCUCGUGACAAUCCGCUAAUGGCCGUGAGGCAAAUAGUCGUGCAUAGGGCGUCUAGUCUCCGCUACGCAACUUCAACUUUCCAGGCACAAACUCAAAUCUUGGGUGCAUGUGCUCUUCGAUC